AUGGCGACCACGGUGCUAAGCGUGGGAAUCCUGGGUCUUACUCCGGCCACGGAGCCAAUUUAUGUGGGCGUUCUAUCCUCGCUCACCACAUGCUACACACUCGCCAUCGUCCACACCGACAACAAAGACCUUGUAUACACGAGCUCAUGGAAAGAGCCUUCUACCCCUCUACGCAUCACCACGGUUCCCGACGACGUGAUCAAGGAUUCCAACGUCAAUCUCAUCAUUAAUCUGUUGCCCUUUCGUCAAAAUGAGAUCUACACCAUUGCCGCCCUGCGAGCCGGCAAACAUGUCAUGGUCCGAACUCCCCUCAGUCUGAGCACACACAGCCUUGAUCAGAUCCGACAUGCCUGCAAAGAGCAGCACAGCACAGCGAGUGAAUCAAAGGGUCCACGCCCUCAGUUCUUCAUCAGUUGCGCCCGUCGCUAUGCACCUUGUUUCACCGACAUUUUUCAAAAGGAACUCGCCCGUCUCGAGAAGAUCCAUUAUGUCCGGUGCAGAAACAUUACCGGAUCGCAUCCGACGAUGAGUAACUCCCUACACCAGUCCGGCAACACCGUUUCGACCACCGAUAUCAAUACUGACGGUCCACCCAACAACUCUUCUCAUCGCGAAUCAUCCUUGGUUCAUCGUCCACUGCCCCCGCGAAUGCACGCUCUCCUCGCCGAUAUCUUCGGACCCAACGUCGAAUCAACUGCAGACCGUGAGGCUCUCUGUCAUUUCAUCGGCACAUCCGGCAGUCAUGAUUUCUCCCUGAUCCAAGAAUGUCUCGGGUUCCCCGACGCAGUGUCCCACGUCUCGAUCAUCAAGCCCUUUUACAACGCCAUGUUUCACUACAAGGGCGGUUCCGCGCCUGGUGGGGCAAAUGCACCGUACACCUUGUUCUACGAGGCCGGUGUGGAUGGUGUGCCGAGGUCGGAUGCGCACUUGACAGUUUACGGGCCAAACAAGACAAUCACGUUUAGCUAUGAAUUGGACUCGCUGACACCAGGGAAGAUGGGUGAUUCGGCGGUGGCGAGGGUGAUUGUGGAGGAAUUUGAAGUUGAAGCUGAAGCUGGAGAUAGGAAGAAGCAACAUUUGCUGAAUGAGGCUCAAAUGAUGAACGGCCGCGCUCACGGCGAUGGUGACUCCCGCCUCAAACGUACCGAGUACGUCAACACCGCCCGAGAAGUCUACGAACAAGAGUUUCUGGCCGUGCAUGCGCAACUCACUGCCCAUAUCCGGGUGGAUACCCAGGCCAAUGCCAAUGCUCGUGCCCAGAAUGGAAGUGACAAUACCAAGGUCCGGGCCAAGACCAGCGUGGAUGAUGCCUUGGAUGAUUUGAAAAUGAUGCAUAUGAUCUUUGACCAUUACGAUCGCCAGUGCGGUACUAUUCGGACGCCGUUGGGUUGA